AUGUAUCUUGGUAUCAGCCAAAGCUCUUCUGCUGCUGCAUUGAUCGCUUUGGUACUGCAAAGCACUUUUUUGGUUCUCUCGCUGAAAUACGUUCAAAACAUCACUGCUGCUUCCAAUGCCACACCUUACUUGAAGGCUGCUGUCAUUCUCCUGGCUGAAAUCCUCAAGCUGCUGUGCUCUUUUUUUCUAUAUGCAUCCGAGCACUCAUCAAUCGCAUCUACUUCCUUGUCAUUAUCACAUUCAUUUAAAGACAGACGUUACUACUACCCAAACCUUACUCUUGGCUCGCUCUAUGUUGCUCUUUUUGGACACAGCUCUCAAUGGCUGAAACUAGCUAUUCCCGCUAUUCUCUAUUUUAUUCAAAACUGUUUGUUAUAUGCUGCUGCCGACCGGCUCGAUUCUCCCACUUUUCAAGUACUGGCACAGUCCAAACUCAUCACCACCGCUGUGUUUUCUGUCAUGAUGUUGAGAAAACGCAUUUCAUUUCCAAGAAUCGUGGCAUUAGGAAUGUUGACGCUUGGGAUUGCACUAGUCCAGCUGUCGGGUGAAAAAAGUGGCGGUAAUAGUAACAAUGCUACCAAUGAAAAAAUGAGCGAUUCAAUUUAUCAUGUAUGGGUAUUGGCCAAGCGGUCCUGGAAUGCCUCGGGAGCUCAUUUGGCUGUAGACUCUGCCAAUGAUAAACAGCAAGUCGUGGCUAUAUUUUCUGAUCGCUUCAUUGGUAUAAUCUAUAUAUUUUUAGCCUCGACUUUGUCUGGUCUUGCUGGUGUAUGGUUUGAAAAAGUACUGAAAGAACACAAGACUUCGGUAUGGCUACGCAACAUGCAGCUUUCACUAUUCACGCUACCAUUUGGACUCAUCACUAUGGCUAUUGUGGAUGGAAAGGAAAUUCUCCAAGCAGGUGUAUUUCAAGGCUUUACUUUUUGGACCAUCAUUAUUGUUUUCCUUCAAGCUUUAGGCGGACUCUUAAUAGCGAUUGUUGUCAAGCAUGCCGACAACAUUGUCAAGGGAUUUGCCACGUGUAUAUCUAUUGUUUUUUCAUCUAUAUUGAGCAUGUAUUUGUUUGGAUCCAGAGUAUCGACUACAUUUUUGAUUGGCGUACCAUUGGUCAUUGCUAGCAUUGUGUUGUAUGCUCGUAGUGAUUUAGGAAAUAUUCGGUUCAAUACAAAGAACCCAAAGCGGAUCUAA